AUGUGGCUCUUAAUGACCACAGGGGUUUAUUUGUUCAUUUUAGUACCUUUAGUCAUAUAUUGUUUAGGAGCUCUAUUUUGUAUAUUAACACGAGCUCUCGUUGAACCUCGUACUGUGAAAUGCAAAUGUACAGCAAGACUAGAUGGAAAAAUUAUUCUUGUGACUGGAGGGAAUUCGGGAAUAGGCUUUCAAACAGCUAAAGAUUUGGCGAGCCGAGGUGCCAGAGUCAUUAUUGCUGAUGUGAAUAAUGCAGAACAUUCCGUUCAAAGCAUCAUAGAAACUACAGGCAAUAAAUCGGUGGAAUAUCGACACUUGGAUCUGGCCGACUUUAAAAGCGUCCGGGCUUUUGCUGAAGACUUUAACAAAACAAUUGACCACUUGGAUAUUUUAGUUAAUAAUGCCGGAAUUAUAUCUACUAAGAACUGUAUUACCAGAGACGGAGUGGAAUUAACAAUGCAAGUGAAUUAUUUGGGACCGUUUCUAUUGACUUAUCUUCUUAUGGACACGUUGGCUAAAUCAUUUAACAGUCGUAUAGUAAUAGUUGCGUCUGGGUUAUACUAUAAAGGAGAGGUGGACCUGCAGGAUCUUCGUGGGCUUAAAACUAAAAAUUAUGCAAAGCGCUAUUUAAACAGUAAAUUGUGUACCUUUUUAUGGACGAAGGCUUUAGCCAAAAAAAUGCCCCAGAAUGUGUGCGCGGUUUGCUUGCACCCUGGAAUGGUAAAUACCAAUAUAUUCGGGCCUUUAAAUGGCCCAUUGGGAAACUAUAUAAAGAAAUUAUGUUCACCUUUUUUUAAAUCAUCAUAUGAGGGUGCACAAACUACUAUUCAUGCUUGUAUAGCUCCCAAUAUAGAAAAAAUGUCAGGAGGUUACAUUAGUGAUUGCGAAUUAAAACCGACAGUAAAGUUCAAAAAUGAAAAGACUCUAAUUGAGGAUCUAUGGAACACUACUAUUUUAUUUUUAAAGCAACAUGCUGUCUAG